AUGACGAAGAAUGUCAAUUCAUGUACAAAUCCAUCAGGUUCACGAAGGGCAGUGGGCUGCAUCUUCGGUGAGCUCCUGAAUAACUCACCGCUGUUCCCAGGUGAGAAUGACAUCGAGCAGCUGUGCUGUGUUCUCCGGGUCCUGGGGACCCCCAACGAGAGGAUCUGGCCUGAAAUCAAGGAGCUGCCGGAUUAUAACAAGAUCACUUUCAAGGAGAAUCCACCCAUCCCGCUGGAACACGUCGUCCCAGAUGCCUCAACCGAGGCAGUGGAUCUGCUGAAACGCUUCCUGGUCUACCCAUCCAAGCAGAGAAUCAGUGCAGCUGAGGCUCUCUUGCACCCGUAUUUCUUCAAAGAGCCACUGCCCGCUCACCACUCGGAGCUGCCGAUCCCACAGCGGGCAGGCAGGAAGACCUUGCAGCACCAGCACGAGUUCCAUGUUGAGCGGCCCCUCGUGCAAUCGGUGACCAACCCAGACCUCGUCUCCCGCCACGCCCGAGUCUGGUGAAACUCCACCUCCGGGCACUGAGUGGUUAAAUGGAGACAGGGCUGUGCACCGUGGCCGCGCCGGGAGGCAAUGGGGUGCGGUUCGCCCUUUUACAGAACGUCUGCUUCAAUCGGGAGAGUGGCGUGCUGUCACUCCAAAGCAACUUGUAUUUAAUGAAUAUUGCAAUAAAACAUGAGCGUCUGA